UUGUUCUACUGCAGCUUCUGUAUGUAUUUUUCAAAUUUUUAAUUCCAAGACGUUGGUACGGAGGCCUCCUACUUUACCAUUGGACACGCAUGCGCAUCUUUGAAGUAUACGACCAGUAAUGCCACACCGGCGUUGAAGUUCGAACUUCCAAAUGCAGGAAGAAGAAGAUAGAGUGGGGAUACCGCCAUAUAUACAGCUAUGUAUAUCGAAGCCGAGCGUGUGUUAGUGUAUACUGUAGCAGUUUGUGACUAACCAUAGUAGUAGCAGCAGCAUAAACAAAGCCACGCUUGCUUCGUUGAGUGCCAGAGGAUACAGUUCGGUAGCAACAAACUCGUCGUCCACGUGUAUAGCUUCGUACACCAGGCAGCAAGCACGAUCUCUCGCUAGCGAAAAGAAAUAUCACUUGUUUUUUCAAAAGUUAAACAAGAAAUACACCGCAUUAACAUGGCUGACAACAUGGAGAUGAGCUUGGAUGACUACAUCAAGAAGAACAGAAAGAAUCGUGUCAAGCCUGCGGGUAACAAGAACAAGAAAGUAGCUGGUGGUGUCAAGAAAGGUUCACCGAUGAAGAAGAAGGCUGGCGCUGCUGCUAACAACAAAUCACCUGCCAAAAAUCAAACCCAGAAAAAAAACCCCAAGAAGUUUACCAAACCUGGUAGUGUAGUGGCCAAACCAGGUGGUGGAGUUAAACGUGGUGGAAAGUUUGGUGGUAUUGCUCGCAAUAAUGUGUCAAAACCAAAUAACAAUGUCUUAAAAAGUGUUGCGAACAAACAGAUCAAUGAAAAAACAAAACUCAUUGUAUCAAACUUGGAUUACGGAGUCACAGACUCUGAUAUCGCUGAAUUGUUCGGAGAGUUUGGAACUCUGAGAAUGGCGAGAGUACAGUAUGAUCAAUUUGGCCGAUCUCUAGGUUCAGCUGACGUAGUGUUUGAACGUCGCAUGGAUGCCAUGAAAGCCAUGAAACAAUAUAAUGGAGUCCCCUUAGACGGACGCAAAAUGAAUAUUCAGCUGGUUGUCUCUGAAUUAUCGCAGCUCAAUCAAGCACAGAAAAGUUUAAGUCAGCGUUUGGGCUCUAAACCAGCUGGUAGCAAUAAACAACAAAACAAUAGAUCUCCAGCGGCCAAGAAGAAGCAAGGUACUGCCCAAAACAACAAGCAAAAUAAUAAGGCCAAGCAAAACAAAGGUGUUCAAAACGGAAGCAAAAACAUUACCAAGAAGAAAGGCAAACCAAAACGCGAACCAAAGGUUGUACCAAGUGCAGCCGAUCUGGAUGCCGAACUCGAUGAGUACAUCAAGAGCAAUACGAGUGCCAAGGUGGCAUAAAUUGCUUUGUAAAUUAUUAAUAAUAACUGUAUCAAUGUCUAUAUAAACGUAACAAACUGUAAGAAUGUGAUGAUAAUGUCAAAUUUGAAUCUACGAAGAAAAAAAUUUAAGAACAGAGAGCAUUAGUUUUUAGAUACUAUUUUUAUUUGAGUAGUUUUGUGUUAUAGAUAAGUUAUCUAGCCGCAGCAUCAGAGUUGCGACAGAUCUCUACCUGUCGUUGUACAUCUGAUAUAAUUAGGAAAAUUUAAAUCAAAUAUAUGUAUAUGACUCAAAAAAAAAAA